UGACACUCAGUUGGGGGGGGUGGGGGGGUAACGGUGUUGACUUCAUUGUCGGCCGAGAUAGUGGAGCGAGAAUGCCGACGCAGACCCCUCCGUGAUUCGCGGUUAGAAGGAGGGGUGAUUUGUGUGUAAGGAGCGGCGGCUACUGAUGUUGGAGCCGCUUGAUAGCACGGAGCCUCUUUUAGGCAGGAGUACGGGACGAUCAGGUCUGAGGACCCCGUCACGAAUUCCGCCGAUGUCACUACACACGUGUCCAACAGAAGGUGCACUUGCAGCAAGGGUUUUAAUGGCUGGAAACGUGGAUGUGUACAACUCUACUGUUCAUGACUCCUGCGUCUCUUCAGGGUUUAAAACCCUAUAUGAGGAGCGAUUGUUAUUUGAUGUCACACUAGUUAUCGAGGAUCACCAGUUUCAGGCUCACAAGGCACUAUUGGCUACUCAGAGUGACUACUUUCGAAUAAUGUUCACAGCUGACAUGAGGGAGCGGGACCAGAACAAGAUUCACCUUAAAGGACUCACUCCUACAGGCUUUAGUCAUGUCCUUCAAUUUAUGUAUUAUGGCUCCAUUGAACUGAAUAUGAGCACUGUCCAUGAGAUUCUUCAGGCAGCAAUGUAUGUCCAGUUAACUGAGGUCGUGAAAUUUUGCUGUUCUUUCCUUUUGUCAAAAAUCUGCUUGGACAACUGUGCAGAAAUCAUGCGACUUUUAGAUGAUUUCAGUGUUAAUAUAGAUGGUAUCCAAGAACAACUGGACAAGUUUCUACUCGAGAAUUUCGUGCCACUCAUGUCCAGAGCUGAUUUUCUGUCCUACUUGAGUGUUGAAAAGCUCUUGAUGUGUUUGGAAAAUGACCAGUUGAGCCGAUUCCCAGAGAUUGAGCUCUUCGAGGCAGCACAGGCCUGGCUGCGACACGACAGAAGUCGUUGGAGGCACACAGAUACCAUUGUUCAAAAUGUCAGGUUUUGUCUGAUGAAUACCACAAACGUUUUGGAAAAGGUAAAAACAUCCGAAUUUUAUCGCUACUCACGGCAGCUUCGUUUUGAGGUUGAGCAGGCUUUAAGCUACUUUCAGAACGUGAAUCAGCAGCCACUUUUGGAGAUGAAAUCUAACCGCAUUCGCUCUGCUAGGGCGCAGACUGCAGUUUUCCGAGGGAUGAUUGGACACAGCAUGGUAAACAGCAAGAUUCUUCUGCUGCACACACCCCGCGUCUGGUGGGAACUAGACGGUCCACAAGUACCACUACGACCUGACUGCCUUGCAGUUGUGAACAACUUUGUGUUUUUGUUGGGAGGGGAAGAGUUGGGUCCCGAUGGUGAAUUUCAUGCUUCCUCCAAAGUCUUCCGGUAUGAUCCCCGACAAAACUCAUGGCUGAGAAUGUCAGACAUGUCUGUCCCCCGAUCUGAAUUUGCUGUUGGUAUCAUUGGGAAAUACAUCUAUGCUGUGGCAGGCAGAACAAGGGAUGAAACCUUUUACUCAACUGAACGCUAUGAUAUCACGCAAAACAAAUGGGAAUUUAUUGAUCCAUAUCCAGUUAAUAAGUAUGGUCACGAAGGAACAGUUCUCAAUAGUAAGCUUUACAUAACUGGUGGUAUAAUGUCCUCCUCAACCUCCAAGCAAGUGUGUGUUUUUGAUCCCAGUAAAGAAGGUACUGUGGAACAACGGACAAGGAGAACACAAGUGGUUACAACGUGCUGGGAGAAUAAAGCUAAAAUGAACUAUGCACGCUGUUUUCAUAAAAUGAUUGCCCACAAUGGGAAACUUUAUGUUUUCGGUGGUGUGUGUGUAAUAUUACGUGCAUCGUUUGAGUCCCAGGGCUGUCCAUCAACAGAAGUUUAUAAUCCUGAUUCUGAUCAGUGGACUAUCCUGGCAUCAAUGCCCAUAGGAAGAAGUGGGCAUGGGGUGGCAGUUGUUGAAAAGCAGAUAAUAGUCCUUGGCGGCCUUUGUUACAAUGGUCAAUACAGUGACUCCAUACUUACCUUCGAUCCAGAAGAAAAUAAAUGGAAGGAAGAUGAAUAUCCAAGGAUGCCUUGUAAAUUGGAUGGUUUACAAGUUUGUAGCCUUUACUUUCCUGACUUCAUACUGGAGCAUGUUCGGCGAUGUACCUAAAACAUUGCUAUGGUUACACAACAAAAAUCACCUAAGGAGGGGAAACCAUAGUUUUGUUAAGCUUUUGGGGAGAGCAAGUUUUACAGUAUUGUAAUGGUAUUGCCCUCAAAAAUUGCAGUUCAGAGUGGUUUGGUUUUCAUCUUUAUUUUGUGCAGUCAAUUCAAAUCCAUUGUUAAUUUUAU